GACCAGCGCCGCCAUCUUGGCUAUCAGACGGUUCCUUUCCCAGAACAACAACAAGCAUACUUGUCACUCUUCCUAAAUCACCCUUCUUAUUGCUGUUUUCCUCUGAAAUUCAGUCAUGCUCUACGUGUUAAGAACAUAAGAACGAAGGAACACUGCAGAAGGCCUACUGGCCCAUGCGAGGCAGGUCCAAGUCUCCUACCGGCUUAAGCCAAUGCACCCAACCUAGUCAGAAGUGGCCUGGAGCUAAGUGAGAAUGGAGUCCCUAGGGUGUGUAGUGUGUGGUGUUAAUCUGAAAAGUGAUGACCCUCACAUCCUUGUCCUGGAAGGCUUUACCGACCACACUGGCACACCACUCAAGGAAGUUGUAGCGUCUGCCCUUCAGCAGAACUUGAAACCAACAGACUAUAUUUGUAUAAAAUGCUCUGAACUAUUUAAUGAGAAAGAUAGACUGCAGAAAAUGACAACAGAUAUGGACAGUCACAUCAUGACCAAAAUCAAAGACUCGUCUAAGAAAACUAUUGACAUCCAAGGCACUAUAUCAAUUGUUAUGGGAGAGUCUUUUACUAAUGACAGCAUUAAAGAAGAACUGGAAAGACAAUAUAAUAGCAUUAAGAAUGAUUCCACAGAUGCAAAAUCCAUGAUGAUGGUAACGGAAUGCAGUGAAAAGCCUAAUAAUGCCCCUAAGAGAAGAAGAGGAAGACCAAAGGCCACAAAGAAGAAAAAGACAAACAUUUCAGAGCCUCCACCACUAAUGGUCAAUCAGCGAGAAAAACGAAAACGUUCAAGUAAAUUUAAUAUUUUCCUAGAGGUUCUGAAAGGUGAGAAGGACUUCUAUAUAGAAGAUGAAGAUGAGGAUGAACCUAAAAUUAAGAAGAGACGUGCAGGCAAGAAGAGAAAGUCCAUUAAUGUUAUUGCAGCAGUUGAGGAUAAAAUUAAAGAUAAUGUUGCAGGUAAAAUGUGUGUUAUACAAGUCAGUGAUUUAAGUAUGCAGAACAGAGAGAGACAUACAGAAGAGAAAGAUAGAUUAGACUUAGAUGAAGUUGUACAAGAAAUUUUUGGAAAUGAUACUGAUGCAGAAACUGCAUUGAUUCACGAGAUUGAAAAAUUUGACCAUGACGAAGAUGAUUUUAUUAAUGCAAUAGACAACAUGAACUCGCAACAUGAAGAAAAAAGUGAAAACUGUUGUAGUCUUAAUAAAAUUGUUUCUUUACCCACUCAGAAGUUGGAAAUCAAGCAGGAAAUUGAUGCAGAAUGGCCUAAAAUUAAAUGUGAAUUUCCUGCAUCCUUAGAAAAAUUGAAAGAACCAUCUAUUGAAGUAGCAGAAGUUGAAGGCGAUUUAACAGUUAGUAUGCCUUUUAUUGAGGUUGCCAUCACCCCAGGUGAAGAUAAUACUGUGUGUGCUGUGAUUAAUGACCCAGAAGUUUUGAGCUCUAUUGUAAUAGAAGAUUCAACAGAUACAUUAGACUCUGCUUUAAAGAAAUAUCGAUGUAAACUUUGUAGUGAAACAUUUAUCAGUAAAGAAACUGCUCGUAAACAUGCUCGAGAGUGUCGUGCCAAAACUAAUAUAAUGGAAAAUAGUAAUAGGGAAAGCUUUAAAUGCAGUGAUUGUGAUAGGACCUUUCCUACACUAAGGGGUCGUGACAGACACCACCUCCACAUGCAUCUCAAACACAAACCAGUCCGCUGUACUGAUUGCUUUCAAACAUUCAAUAGCAUUCGUCCACUGGAACGUCACCUCCGCAAUCAUCAUGACAAAGACCCUACGCAUUACUGUGGUAUUUGUGAUGAAGAAUUCGUCUUGUUAACUUCCCUUGAGCAUCACAAAGAAAUAAUGCACCCUCUUGCAUGCAGAAAAAAAUUAUUACUUUCCCGAAGUAUUCGUAUUAGAGACCAGGCCUUACCAAACAGGGUGGUUGAAUGCCCAUUUUGCAAUAAAAAAAUCCAUGGUUCAAGGGCUCUUAGACUCCAUCAUCAAAAGAUGCAUAAUGGACAAGAGUACACAUGUAAAUAUUGCAAAUAUAAAAGUAGCUGCCUUAGUACAAUGCACCGACACAUGGUUAGAGUUCACAAAGCUUUAAAUCUAAAGUUGUUUAACUGUCUCCAGUGUAUGGCAGGGUAUCAGGACCCUAGAGAUUUAGAGGAACACUACAUCUCUGUACAUAAGACUGAGGCUUUAUUUCUUUGUCUGCACUGUGGUGAAAAGUUUGCCUGUUUAGAUAUGUUUCGUUUUCACCGUAAAAGUCACAGAGCUUUUUCUUGUAAGUUGUGUCAUUUGGGAUUUAUGAAAGAAGAAGCACUGGAGGAUCACUUAAAAACUGUUCACACAUGUGAUCCUGUUGGUAAUAUGGAAAAUGGCAAUGACACCAAUCAGCCAGAAAUUGUGAGCAAUUGUGAAAGCUUUGUUCAGACAAAUGAAGAUGCUACUAAGAAAAGCAAUGAAGAUAAUGCUUCAGCUGUUAGUUCCAAAGUAUUAGUUAUUGCUAGUGAUGGCAGCGUGCAGGUUAAAGAAGAAGGAAAAGAGGCAAAUGCAAUUCCUACCAUUCCAUCUGAGGAUGUUACUCUUCAUCUACAACAGACUCAAGAAGGAGGACUGAAAGAAAUGGACAUGCUCAAUCCUCUACAGGGCCAGAGAGUAAAAGAUCUUCCCAAGAAAAUGAAUUGCCCAGUUUGCAACAAGGUUCUUACAACAAAAUUUUUGAGGACACACAUGUUAAGUCAUAAAGGAAAUUUGCCACACAAAUGCCUCCUUUGUGAUAAGGCAUAUGCUCAGGGUACAUUGCUUAGAAAGCACAUGAAGAAUCGACAUUAUGAGGAAUUUUUAAAGCUAGGUAACAAAAAUCCAAAAAAACACAAAAUUGGAUGUGAUUUUUGCCAAGAGAUUUUUGACAACAUAUAUACUUUGGAAGAACACUUGUGGUUACACAUGGAAGAAAAGACUUUUGAAUGCACAGAUUGUAAAAUAAAAUUUGGUAUGGAAAGCAACUUGCGUGAACAUUUCAAAAGUCACUUUUUUAAGGAAGCUCAGCCAUGUCCAGUAUGCAAAAGAGAAUUCAAAUCCAUUGGCUAUUUCAAUGAACAUGUAGAGAGGUGUGAAAAACGGUGGAAGUGUGAACAUUGUGGUUUAGAGUGUGACACUCAAGAAUAUUAUCGGAAGCAUCAACGUGCUGAGCAUGGUGGUGAAAAUGUUGUUAAAUAUCAGUGUAUUUUGUGUGACAAGUCAUUUGUUGAGCGCCACCGCUUUGAUGACCAUAUGAUCACCCAUUCAUCAGAAAAGGCGUUUGUCUGUCACAUAUGUCAGAAACAAUUUAAGCGCCAGCGACCACUAAAAGAUCAUUUGGUACGAGCUCAUUCUGAAGGGCAAUUGAUGUGUAGCUAUUGUCGUAAAACUUUCCCAACACAGCAAGAAUUAGACUUGCACAAACAUAAACAUCGUAAAGAAUUUCCUUGUACAUCAUGUGGUCAUGUAUACACUUCAAGAGAAGCUCUUGUGAACCAUUUAAUGGUUCACCAUUCAGAAAUGUCUCAUUCUUGUCAUAUAUGUAACCAGUCUUUUGUUAAACAGGUUAAUUUGAAAGCACAUUUAAUUACUCAUAGUUCUACCACACCUAACAUUUGCCAUGCAGAUGGCUGUCACAAAAUGUUCCGAACAGAGGCUUUGCUACGAAACCACGUAGCUCGCCGGCAUCAUGAACUGCAGUAUGAAUGUUCUAUAUGUGAUCGUAAAUUUGGCUUAGAAUCUGAUCAAAUUCGGCACAUGGCAACACACAUGAGUAGGCCUGCUUUAUUAUGUGAUGAGUGUGGUCGCACCUUCAGAAGUGAGGCACAAUUGGAACGGCAUCUUCUAACACAUACACAGGAAAAACCUUAUGAAUGUGAAGUGUGUCAGCACUCUACAACCACACGAAACCAGUUGUUACGUCACAUACGAGGAAAGCAUGGUUUUGCUGAUGCAGCUCCACAUCUUGUGGUUAAUCGUUGGCGUUGCUCUGUAUGUGGCAAAAUGUUUGUGGUGCGAGGAUCUUUGCUACGUCACCUUCAGGAUCAUGCCACUCAUGGUGUUCAAGCACAGGGUCAUGCUAUUAAGACACGUUCAACACCAUCUGCAGUUACAGAAAUUUCACUUUCAUCUGGGAUAAUGGACCCUAAUACAACUACUACUAGUUUUUUGGACCAAGUUUCAGCUCUAAGUUGGCAAGACCUUACUCCCCUACUUCGUCUUCAUGUUAUGGCCGAUGAAGAAACUUGUGAGGGGGAGACAUCAGCAAUAGUAGCAGAUGUAUGGCAGUGCCCUGGCUGCCUUCAUGCCACACAAACAGAGGAAGAUAUGAGAGACCAUCUUGUAGGAACUUCACAGUGUCAGGAAGCAGUCAUCCUGCAGUUGGCUGGUGGGUUAGCUAAUGCUGAUGACCUGGAUGAUGAAGGUGAUGCUGAAGAACAGCAAAAUUUGAAUGAAGGGGAAAGUAGAGCAGUGUUACAGCUAACAGGCACUGAUGGUGGGAUGCAGUAUGUCAUCGUACAAGAAGAAAAUAGAGCCACACAAAGGCUAAAUGAAAGUGGCAAAGAUGUUCAAGCUGUACCAGCUGGUGAUGAAGGCAUGCAAGUACUAGUUAGCAUGGAUGAUAGUUUUCAGCAUCUUCUGCAGCAACCAGCACAUUCUGACAUUCAGAUUGUUGUGGAAGAUGCAGCUCCUUUAAAGCAACUGUUUGCAGAAAGUGGAAAUGAGGAGGAACAUUCUGAUAUAGUGGAUGCUUCUUCUACAAGUGAAGGUCAGGACACUGUAUCUACUGACACUCCAUUAUUAAAUGGCUCUGAGGUGCUGCUACAGACAGCUGAUGGACGAUUAGUAUUGCAGCAGACAGUUGGAGGUGUGACACAGUAUCAACUGGUGGAGGGUGUCCCCACAUCAGGGGAGGAUGAAGAUACAACUUCAGCUCUUCUCCCUGCCCAUCCCCCUACAUUGCAUCCAGAGUUUAUUCUGCCACAUUAAGCAUAAUCCUUUGUGUUUAUUUAGGCUUUUUAUACUGGUUAUUUAUGUUUUUCAUAAAAAAGUAUUUGAUAGUGGUACCUCUAAUGGAGGUUCCUUAAUGCUGGUAAGGGCUCUUGACCUAAGGAAUUGGACUUGUCCUUUCCUUCCUUGGACUGAACCUUAUUACCUCUCAUUCCCAAGCACUGCAUGUCCCUUAUGAAUUUAGUGCUUCCCCAUAAAUGUAAUAAUUAUAAUAAUGAUUUAGUACAGGAGGGCCCCGCUUUACGGCGUUCCGCUUUACGGCGUUCCGCUAAUACGGACAUUUCAAAUUAUGACCAAAACUCACUAUACGGCUCCCCCCACCUGACUUUCUAAUACGGUCACCGUGCCCCACCCUGUUUGUUUACAUUCUCCAUGAGCUCAGUAAGCACUAAGUCUCUCCAUUUUGUCUGGAAACUCCAAAAUUUCAAAUGUUUUUAAAAGUUAUUUCAUAUUUUAUAUAUACUCUGAUAAUUAUACUUAUGUAUACCUGUACCUAAAUAAACUUACAUACAUCGAGUCAUUUAAAUGUCGUAUAUUACGUUAAUAUACACAUUUUCAUUAAUCCAUCCAUGAUAUUUUUUUCAAAAUUAUAUAAUAAACACGAUGCAUAACAUAUAAAUAAGAUAAAUACACCCCACAGUAGAAUAAAUAAACAAAUGUGAGAUGUGAGCAGACGACUUGCACAAGUGGUGAUAAUAACAAUACUGAGUCUCAUUAAAUGUCGUAUAUUACGGUAAUAUACACAUUUUCAUUAAUCCAUCCAUGAUAUUUUUUUCAAAAUUAUAUAAUAAACACGAUGCAUAACAUAUAAAUAAGAUAAAUACACCCCACAGUAGAAUAAAUAAACAAAUGUGAGAUGUCGUAGCAGACGACUUGCACAAGUGGUGAUAAUAACAAUACCGAGUCUCAUUAAAUGUCGUAUAUUACGGUAAUAUACACAUUUUCAUUAAUCCAUCCAUGAUAUUUUUUUCAAAAUUAUAUAAUAAACACGAUACAUAACAUAAAAAGAUGAUAAAUACACCCCACAAUAGAAUAAAUAAACAUAAAUAUAAGAUGUGGGAGCCACAUAACUUGUACAAGUGACGCCAAGAAUAACAUUUUCUCUAAUCUAACAUAAGAGUAAAUGUGUUACUGGGGGUAACUGUAGAAAAUUAUUCCUUUCGUAUGUAUGUAAGUAAGUUUAUUCAGGUAUACACAAAUACAGUUACAUAGAUU